CCCGGCUGGGGCAUGGACAGCCCUGGGCGCAGGGGUUGGACCUGAGCUCAGGAUGAAGGAGUGGUGGAUCCAGGUGGGCCUCCUGGGUAUCCCACUUCUGGCCGUCUACCUGCACAUCCCUCCUCCACAGCUCUCCCCAGAACUCCACUCCUGGAAGUCUUCGGGCAGGUUCUUCACAUACAAAGGCUUGAGCAUCUUCUACCAAGACUCCUGGGGUGCAGUCGGGAGUUCAGAAAUUGUGGUGCUUUUACAUGGCUUUCCAACCUCGAGCUAUGACUGGUUCAAGAUCUGGGAGGGUCUGACCCAGCGCUUUCACCGGGUGAUCGCCCUUGAUUUCCUAGGCUUUGGCUUCAGCGACAAGCCAAGGCCCCAUCAGUACUCCAUCUUUGAGCAGGCCAGCAUCGUGGAGGGGCUGCUGGGACAGCUAGGGCUUCAGAACCAAAGAAUUCACCUCCUGUCUCAUGACUACGGGGACACAGUGGCUCAGGAGCUGCUCUACAGGUACGAGCGGAACCGGACCGGCAGGCUUCUCAUCGGCAGCCUUUGUCUGUCCAAUGGAGGUAUCUUUCCUGAGACUCACCACCCCACCUUACUCCAGAAGCUGCUCAAAGAUGGAGGCCUGAUAUCUCCCAUCCUCACCCGCCUGAUGAAUUUCUUCUUCUUUGCUAAGGGCCUCACUGUGGUCUUUGGGCCAUACACAAGGCCCUCAGAAGCUGAGAUGUGGGAUAUGUGGGCUGGGAUUCGAACUAAUGAUGGCAACCUGGUCAUCGACAGUCUCUUACAGUACAUCAACCAGAGGAAGAAGCAUCGAGAUCGCUGGGUGGGGGCUCUUGCCUCCAUGGCUGUUCCCCUUCAUUUCAUCUAUGGGCCAUUAGAUCCAGUGAAUCCUCAUCCAGAAUUUAUGAAUCUUUAUAGGAAAAUGUUACCCCAGUCCACAGUGUCAAUUCUGGAUGACCACAUUAGCCACUAUCCACAGCUAGAGGAUCCUAUGGGUUUUCUGAAUGCAUAUUUGAACUUCAUCAACUCUUUCUGAGGGAUGAAGAGUUGUUUCCUUGCUCUAUUUCCUUCUAAUCAUGGUUUCAAGUUAGGAACUGAUGCUCCAAAGACAUCAUAGGAUCAUGAAAGCCAUUCUGUUUGUCACUAAAUAGUACCCCCAUUAACUUCAUGAGCUUCAAUGAAUUUUGUUCCAACCGUCCCAUCUUCUUCCUGAAGUAUUUUCCAGGCUGACAGUCAGUCAAAUGUAUGGACUUGGCCAUAUCUUCUUGGGUUAGAAAUUCUACCUGACCAUCUCGCAUCAUUCAAGCAGGAAGCCAGCAACAUUCUUUUUUACAAAAGUUUUAAAUGUGAUGGACUCUUGGAAUUUGAAGAUGCCAGUUUCUAGUCCAAUCCCAAUCAUAGAAUCAUGCAAUAAGAGAAGUGGGGUAACUUUCAAAAGCCUCCCAACUGGGCUCGAAAGGCAAACAUAUGCUUGCAUGUUCUAUAACCAACAUGUAGCAUCAUGGUAGGCCAGAUCCUGUGUUUUGAGAUGACUUUGGAUUACUUUUGCCAUUUCGUGUAACGUCUUGUAGAAGUAUAAUUACAUCUGAAAUAACGCAGUAUUAAGUGUAUCUUACUCUAAGACCAAUUAUGUUUCACCUAAAAAUGUAAGUAUUUUUUUAUAAAGACACUAAAUCAGCAGGUAUAUACUGUGGUUGAGUAAUAGAGGUAAUGAAUUAUUAAACAUUAAUUUUUGUACAAGUUGAAUUAAAUUCAAACUGUUUUCAAAGUUACCUAAAAUUUUGAGGCAUGAAAGAUCAAUAAUGUCUGUCAAGAGAUUACUUAGAUUGGCUGAUAUGAAGGCAAGAAGUCUAUACCUCAGUGUUUAGAAGGAUACCACAAAUGGUGGAAUGUGUCCUUGUCCUGCAACAGGAGGGCAGAGGAUUGUCACAUAAGCCAAUCUGCUCUUUUGAAAUUCCUUUUAUGAAGAUUGCUCAACUUCCCACAGGGCUGGCUCAAGUGGGCCUUCUCUUUUAGCUUAAUUCUUUCUGUGUUGAACAAAGGAUUUGUAUAAGUAAGAUUCUGAAAGGCCUUUAAGCAAAUGGUGCUGAAAUUCCAUGCUUUGUUAGCUACAACUGCAGUGUCUCAGUGAAGCAGGAAUAUUCAUUAUUUUAAAAGUCUUUUUUUAUUAGUAACUUCAAGUAUAACAAAUUUCAAAACUUGAAACUGGAAUAAUUGUUUAUUUUCUAUUAAUAAAAAUGAAUUUUGACAAAAA